UCUCCUAACUAUAUGUAUCCAUUUUUUUCAAUCAACUUAGACAAACACAAAUCUUAUCCUCUCUUAUAUUCUUUCUUCUUCUCAAAACUCCACAACUUUUUGCCACUUCUUUUCAUUUUCCUCUUUAACAUAUUCAAUUUCAGUUAAUAUUAUACUCAUGGCUAACGCGGAAGAAGUUUCAGCUCUUGAAAGUAUCAAAUUGCAUCUUCUUGGAGAAUUUUCUCCACUUCCAUCUCCUAUUUCACAACCUUCGAGCCUUGAUUUUGAUUUUCAAUUUCAACCAAACCAAAACAAUUAUGAUUCUUCAAUCUCUUUGGAUCAUUAUUUCACCGAACUUUUCGAAUUUGAUUCCAAACCCCAAACAGUCGAACCAGAAAGCCUCGAACCCCUAACAUCUAAUCCUCAACAAAUGAAGAAGCCUCAACUGAAGCAAAAACCGUCGCUGGAAAUCGCUCUCCCGAAUAAAACCGAAUGGAUUCAAUUCAGAAAACCAGAUCCGAAACCGGAAGUUGUUGAGAAACAGCACUACAGAGGAGUUAGACAGAGACCGUGGGGAAAAUUCGCCGCCGAGAUCCGAGACCCUAACAAGCGUGGCUCAAGGCUUUGGCUUGGAACUUUCGAAACGGCUAUGGAAGCCGCUAAAGCCUACGAUCGUGCAGCUUUCAGGCUGCGAGGCACUAAAGCGAUUCUCAACUUUCCACUUGAAGUCAACGACAUGGCGGUGGCGGAAACCUCCGGCAACAAAAAACGUUGCCGUGAAGAGGAAGAGGAAGAUGUGGUGGAGGUGAAACCGGUGGUGAAAAAGGAGAAAACAAUGGAAUUCGAUGUGAACUGUUUUAAAGAUAAGCCGUUAACACCGUCUACAUGGACUGACUUUUGGGAUGUUGAUUUUAAGGGGAUGUUCGGUGUUUCGCCGUUAUUAUCGCCGUUAUCUUCCGUUUGCUUUUCACCUCUAGUGGUUGUGUGAAAUUUUUAUUUUAGGGCUCCUUUUGUUAUUGCAUCCUGAUUAGAGAUGACAAAUGUAUAUUCAUCAAAUUAUUU